GAUCGUGUGGGAACCCAACAUUCAUUAUGAAGGAGGUACAAUGGUGAGACGAGCAGUUGACAUUGAAAAGCUGAGCAUGUUUGAGUUUAGCUAUUUGCACGACGAGGUGGGUGGGAAAGGUGGUGUCAGUGGGAUAUACUACUCUAGUCCUGGGAAGAGUAUUGCAAAUGGGGUUACGAGGAUUGAAUGCGAUGCUCAUUUGAGAGAGUUCUUGAACGCACAUAUUGGAUUCUCGCAAGCCAAGAUUUUCCUUGAAGCUAAUGAACCAUUAAAUUUGAAUGGACUGGAUGUAGAUGAACCAUUGAAUUUGAAUGAACCAUUGAAACUUGAGGUGGACAAUGCUAUGUCAUCAGAAGAUGAGGACUAUGUGCCGUUAGAGGAUGAAGAAAACUCAACUGAUGAUGAGGAGGACCUUCCAGAAGAGGCAUAUGAGGCUGUUCCAGGGAAGCACGACUAUUAUCAUGCACCUGGGUUGAGAUUGCUUCCUCCAGAUGUGCCACCAAAAGCUGGCCGGCCAAAGAAGGCUAGAAUGAAAGGAGCUGAUGAAAUAAAGAAGAAAAGUAUACGUAAAGACACUGCUGAGAAAGUAGCUAAACAAGCACCCAUAUCAAUAAAGAAGGGUGGGUCAGUUACAUGUUGGAAAUGCUUGCAAAUGGGGCACAAUAAAGCAACUUGUAAGAAUGACUUCCACCCAAAUAGCCCUUUGUUGAAGGGCAAAACAAGCUUUGAUGGUGGUUAUCAUAGAAGAGGAGCAGGUGCAUCUAUACCUACACCACCUGCUGCUUCUCAAGCCUUUACACAAGAACCAGCAUCAUAAGGAGUAGUCACAGAUCUAAGCGAUACUUUUGUAGGGUGUUCACAAGCUUCAAAGAGACUACCUCCUAGAGCUCAGAUGCCACUUGUAGCUACAAACACCCAACCUUCAAGACCUGCUAGCCAUAUUUCUUCUACUCAACAAUCUGUUAAUCGAAAAGGGGCACCAUCUAGUAGGCAAAAGAGGAAGACAGAUGCUGAGGUGUUAGAGAACAUCAGAAAUCGUAAACGGGGGAUGAGAGAAUGAAUUUCAAGUUCUUUU